AUGUGUAAAAGAGAUCGGCCACUAGACGAAAAUGUCAAAGGAGCAGAGACUCUGGCACACCUUGUGGAAGUUGACCCUGACCUUCAAAUUAUCGCCAGCAUCACAGACCAUCUGAUCAGCACACUCUCCAACUACCUGCACUACAAAGAUGUCAAGAAAAUUUCUUCUGUGGACAAAAAAGUCAGUGACUCUCAAUAUUUUGAUUUUAUUUUCAUAACUUUAAUAUGCUAUUGUAAUCAAAUUAAUUGAUUCACUAUGUUUAGUCAGAUAUGCACAAUUCAACUAACAUUAGCGGCCAUUAGUUAAAAAUAUUUCAAACAUCUAUUUAUGUUAUUUAAUAAAAAAUUGUAUUUUCCAAUAUGAAGAAAUAUAUCCUAGUAAUAUGAGAAGUCCAAUGGCUUUUUUACUAUUUUUACUAUCACACAUUAAAACAGAACUAUCGAUAGCCAAGAAUAAUAGUGUCUGGGAAAACAGCCACUUUGUUAGAAGGGUAGAUUAAUAAGACACGAACAAAUUGUGUCAAUAUAACAGUAUAAGUUACUCUUUAAUAAUAAUUAUACAUUAUACACAAGUAAACGUUUCGGCACAUGCCUUCAUCAGUAUAAACAGAAAAAAAUAGGAGAGGGAGCUAAAACCAGACAAAAUUAAUCUAUUUUAAAGUUUUAUUGCAGUCCAACACUUUUUAUAAUGUUAGAGGGGUCCAGAGUUGAACAUCACCUAUGCCAUUAGCUUAAGACUGUCAUUAUUUCUUAUCUUUAACAGUAGUUAGAGGAUUUUUAUGGAUAAUACUUAAUUAGCAUCAAUUGAUUUGUACUGGAAUUUUUUUUACUGCAGGAAGUGGACUGGGGCAGUGAGAUGAGAAGGGCUGCAUUUUUAGCUUUGGCCGCCAUCAGUGCCAACGAUGAGGAGAUUAGAGAUAAGGUAAGUUUGUGUUGAUACAAAAAUAUCACUAUAUAAAUAAGUUAGGUUGGUGUUGUUACAAAAAUGUCAAAUUAGAGAUGAGGUAGGUUGGUGCUGUAACAAAAAUAUCAAAUUAGAGAUAAUGCAGGUUGGUGCUGUAACAAUAAUAUCAAAUUAGAGACGAGGUAGGAUUGUUGUAGUAACAAAAUAUCACCAUAGAGAUAAAAUAAGUCAGUUUUCUUAAAAAUCCAUACAAAUAAUGUUGUUUUUUGAAAGUUCAAAUAAGUAUUCUGCGUAAAAGAUGUAUUAUUUUAUGAAAAUGGAAUAGAUUUGUUUUGUUGUUUGGUCAUAUAUAUAUAUAGAGAGAGAAAUAGAGGAGAGAGAGAGAGUAUGAAAUUAAUAUAUAUUUAAGUCUUUAACUUGGUAAAAAAAAAGAAAAAAAAUAAUUAAGGAAAUAUCUGAUUGAACUAUUUGGAACUAUUUAUAAAAUAGCUGUUUAAUAAAGCAGGUGAUUUUUUUUUUUUUUAAAUGGGCUUUGAUAACACAAUGUUAAUCUAGAGGAAAAAGUAAGAUAAAUUGAUUUUAAUAAAUUCACUUGAGAAUUUUGCAUCUAUUGGGUAAUUAAGAUUGUUUUCUUUUGUGCUACUGACAUGUGCAGGUUAUCAAGAGAGAGGGUAUGAUAGAUCAAAUCAUGACUUGCAUGCUCAGCUCCAACCAAGCUGAGGUGGCAGCUAGCUUGAGAUGUCUUCAGUCCCUGACACGAUCUGUACACCAGAUCAGGACGGUACUUCAUGAUAAUGCAGUCUGGAAACCUUUGCUUGGGGUAAGACAUAUGAUCUGUUUGACACAUUCAGUCCCUGUCACAAUACUCCAUGACCAUUGUGACCAGAAACUUGUGCUGAGGCUGUAAUAUAAUAUAUUGUCACAUGUAACCCUGAGACAGUCAGUACAUCGAUCCUUUUCAGAAUCACUAAGUUUAAUUUUAAAUUUAUAAUCUCCAUAUUCCAUAUUUAUAUUUGAUGGUUUCAUUUCACAUUGAAGAGUACUGUUUUAAAAAAUUGUUUGAUGGAAAAUGUAUCACCCAUGUGUGAAAAAAAAAGAAAAUACACCUGCUUGACAACAUUCCCAUAAAAUGUUAAUUUUUUGGUAUGAUUAAAGCAUAAAUUAAUAUUUUAUGACUUAAAUCUGGAUAUUCAAAAUGAAAAAGUUUAAUGAUGUUUUAUAUUACUGAAUAAAUUCCUGUGACAAGACCAGCUUUUAUUUUAUGCUGAUCAUUGUAAAUGUACCAGCCCUUGUUUUUGUGUGUGUGCAGAUGCUGCAGUCGACCAACCAUGAGAUUAUGGUGUUAGCCAUGACCUGCUUGUGCAAUUUGGUUCUGGAGUUUAGUCCAAGUAAAGAGGUAGGUGCUGUAUAGUGCCGUGAAAAAAUAAUAACGUGUCCAGGCUAAAACCUUGUUUGAAAUUAACACAUUUGCAUUUUUGUUAAUAUAACAAACACAUUUUUUUCAUUAGCGUCUUGAUUUUUACAGAGAACCUUUGAGAUUAAAAUGAGNUAUAUAUAUAUAUAUAUAUAUAUAUAUAUAUAUAUAUAUAUUUAUUUAUAUAUAUAUUUAUAUAUAUAUAUAUUUAUAUAUAUAUAUUAUAUAUAUAGAUAGACACUGAUUAUUACUGUGUGUAAUUGCAAACAUAAUGGGCAGACAACUGUGCUUUGAUAAAUAUUUGCUAGUGUUACCAAACCCUGAUUUCUGUAAGAAUGAUCUAAUGUACUUCUACCACUACUACUACUACUACUACUGACUGAGAUAGCACCGCUGAAUGUCUUGUUGAUACCCAUUCUUGUUGUGAUAAGCUUGCGCCAAACCCUAAACCUUGUGCUUUUACCAAGUUUUUCUGCUCAACACUAAAUAGAGUUGUCUUCAGGCUACUGUCCCACAUAUUUGCUUAGGCAGCUAAUAUUUUGCCGUUUAUCAUUUUUCUUUUCAAGUUAUGUGGAUAUUUUUUUAUUGAAAAAAAAAUUACAUUGGUUACAGACAUGAAAAUUUACAGUAAUUCAAAAACAUAAUGUAAUUAAACACGAUUCUUUGAACCAGCAUAAGAUACAUUUGCUUUUUGUUUUGUAGAAAUAGAAAAGAUGAAUUUGCUGCUCAAUUUUUAAAGGUUAAUUUAAAUUGAAUAUAGCUUUUAUUUUAAACAUUCAGUUAUUGUUACGUUGUAAUUAAAAUACAGAACAAUAGACAAUACAGUUUUAAAGGAUUUUAAAAAAACAAAACAGUUUCAAUAAGAAUUAAAAAAUAAUAAAACUAUUCAGUAUGCUUAACAAUAUUUUUGAACACUAAAUAUUGGCAAAUUCUAUGGUAAUUAAUCCAAAUAUUGGGGCUCACUGCAUAUCCAAUAUUAGAUGCAGUCGUUCUCAAGCUGGUGUCCAUGUAUCCUUUAGCACUGGCUUAUAUAAUUCUUGAAGUUUAAUUAUUUUUUACCCCAUAAGAUUACUGUUACCUCCAGUAGGCUACUGUAAGAGCUGCCUCCAUGAAGGUCACUUUUACAUAGUUUGGGUUAAAUCUGCAAGCUGUAUUGGGUUACCGCCAAUAAGAUUGUUUCUUGGCGUGGCUUACCUCCAGUGAGGUAACGUCUUUGUGUGAGUUACCUCAAGUUAAGUUACUGCUACAGUACCUGGUUUGUGUUACCUCCACUAAGGUUACUUUUUACCUGGUUUUGGAUACCUCUGCUACCUAUUUUUGUUUGUUUGCUUGGCUUCACUCUUGUUCUCAUAAUUUACAUUUAGCUUCCACCGGAAAGACGAUGGGACGACAUGGAUGGGUGGCGGGUACGUAGAGUUUUUUGUUUUUUUUUAGAAACUUUGACAGCAUUUUAUGGGCAAAGGAAAUCACAGGGCUUAAGGGAUAGUUGCAGUGAAAUGAAAUUUUAAAUUUCUUUUGUCUUGUUUUCAUUCUCAUGGGUUCUUUACUGUUGUAAUUAAUAGACCCUAACAAAUAAAAUACAAGUUUCUUCGGAGACUGCCAUUUCAUUUAAUAAAAUGAUUCCUGCUGUACAACUGAGCCUGUAAUCAAUUAAUUUGGAUUUUUUUUUGUAUCCGGAUACUGCAUACUCCACUGGCAUGUAACUUUUCCCAGUGUGAUCUUGGCUAUAAUAUUGACUUUAAAUGCGAUGCAUAAUCUGACAACUCUUUCAAGAGUUGCCAUGAACCAAAAGGUUAUUUGGCAUUCCUGCUCACAAUGUCAUAAUGCAAACGUGGAUAGUUUUUCUUUUUCACUGUUAAACUCUCAAUGGACCAAGCAGCAGAACAUAAUUUAUUUGGUGACAGUGAAGGCAAUAACACUAACACAAUACAACUUUUAGAAAUGAACCAAAGGGUUGCUUAUGAACAAAAUGGUCGCUCUUAACUUUAACCAAAUGAUGGCUCAUAAACCAAAAUGGUUGCUUAUCAACCAAAUGAUUGCCUUUAAACCAAAUGGUUUGCUUAUGAACCAACUAGCAGAAUAUGAACCAACAAUGAGUCUAAGGCUUUUGUUCAAACUUGGGAGGAAGUAAAGUCAGUAAAAGUAUUAAGUUUGAUGAAUGACUCAUGUGAAUGUGAACUUAUGAUUAAAAAAAAAAGUGUUGGAUGAAUAUGGCGUAGGUUGGAAAUACAGUGAAGCCCCUUUGAUAACUGCAGCAUUUGACCACCAUUCUGCUUGCUUCUUAAAAUCUUCUUUUGGAUUCAGACCUUAAUAUUUAAAUGGCAAAGUUUGGAAAAAAAAAAAAAUAUAUAUAUUUUUCACAAUUUUCUUGGUGGGGAGGAAUUAUUGUUUAUAUUUAUGUGCUGGUUUGUUUUUAUUGUUGUAGUCAAUGUGAAUAAUCUGUUUAUGUCUUUCUUUUGUUAUUUUAAAAAAAAAAUUUCGAAUAAUAUUUAGAUUUGUUUCUUAAUAAUAAUUUUAAAAAAAAACAAUGUGAGACAUAUAGUAAAAAAAAAAAUUAAACAUUAAUAAUAAAUUUAUGGUAAAUAAUGCUAAUGGGUUUCCAAUGAGCUGCAAAAAUUAAUUUUCCUGUCCAAAGUAUCUGUAGAAAAUUCACAUUACUUGAUUUACUUGCCAACAAAUUUACAGAAUUUAUGUAAAGUAAAUUAUCAAAAACUUCUUGCAUUAAAUUAUCGAUGUCAAUGAUAGAUUAUCAUUAUUCAGUUGUUUUUUUUUUACUAAGGUCAGGGUAUAAAGAAUUAACUAUAAUUUUGUAGCUGUGUUAUACUGUCUAACUAUUUUAUGCUUGGAUACUUUGUUAUACCUAGUAACGGAAUUGUUUCUUUGUAGUCUUUCACAAAACCUUCAACAAGUCAAUUAAAAAAAAAAAAGUUAUACUCAAAAUAAUUUGACUUUGCAUUUCUGGAUCUGUACAGUAACAAUUUUGUGAAUGUUAUUAUUUUAAUAUACAGCUUAUGCCAUGGUGUUGAUGAUUUCUAGUAAGCUAACAUUACUCUGAAACAGCAGUCUUUUGGACCAGUUGUGGCUUAAGUGGACUAUAGGCAACAUAAUUAAUAUAAUUAAAGUAUCCUAGUGUUGCUACCUAAAAAAUUAAAUGUCAUUUGCUGUAAGUGCACUUAAGUACCAGGUAUUUAAAAAAAAAGUCUUACAUUUUGUUCUCUUAAAAAAUACUAAUCCACAUAACUUAUUUAGAAGACCUUACUCUUUGUUACAAGUAGCCAUACUCUCAGUUAUUGUUGAUGUUCUCAUUGUGUUGGAAGGUACCUUAUCAGACUAAGGCUUCUGUGUUGUACUCUUGACUGUUGUACACUAUGUGACAAAUGGUUAACAUCCUGUACCUUGUAAGCUGACCCCACUGAAAACUUUGCUCAUAUGGUGUACCAUGUCAAAUUUCAUUGCUGAAUUUUUACCUUGCAAGUUAAAUAGAUUACCAAGAGAGUUAAAUUGUCUAUCAGUAAAUUUAAAUAGUUUACCAAUUAAGUCAAAUAGUUUAUUGAUAAAGUUAAAUAGUUUACCAAUAAAGUUAAAUAGUUUACCAAUAAAGUUAAAUAGAUUACCAACAAAGUUAAAUAGUUUACCAAUAAAGUUAAAUAGUUUACCAAUAAGUUAAAUAGUUUAAGGUCAAACCAUAAAUAAAAAAAAAAAAAGAAAAGGAACACACAGAGUGUGGGGGUAGUUAUAAAUAGAAUACCAACAAAGUUAAAUAGUUUAACAAUAAAGUUAAAUAGUUUACCAAUAAGUUAAAAAGUUUAAGGUCAAACCAUAAAUAAAAAAAAAAAAAAAAAGGAACACACAGAGUGUGGGGGUAGUUGAGUUUGGAGAUUUAGCGGAUGGGUGCUUAGGGGAGGUGGGGUCGUCUUCAGUAGAAAGUAUGUACUUUCAUGAACAAAUGAUACAAUAAUUAUCCUGAAAUUCUGAAUUCAUCAACAACACAUAUUUUAUCUCUAAUAAAUCAAUCGAUGACCUCAAGAUCUAUGAAACUUCAUGAUUUCUAUUGAAUUACAUUCAAAGGCUAGACAAAUAUCAGAUCAAUAUUUUUUGUAAUUAUCAUUAUUGGGUUACUUUGUUUAUUUUACAAGUCAACUCACUGGAUAAUACACUAGUAACAGUAAUAUUUUGUCCACCAUUCCCCUUUUGUAUUUUUCAGUGCUUGUGGCGCUAAUGCUUUUUUUUCAGUGAAGCCUGUGGUACCUAAAUAUUUCGGUUCUCUGCGCACUUGCCAAAUUAAGUUUUCCUCAGAUGCUCCUAGUCAAAUUCUAACAAAUGCAUUUCGAAAUAACCAAGACAUUUUUUUUAACUUUAAGGGUUGUUAAAAAUAAAUAAAACAUGUACCUGGGCAAUUGAACCCAAUAUAGAAGCUAUGUGAAGAAGCUUCAACAGACAGUAACUAGUCCACCAGGUCCACUAGAUGUUGUGUCCUGUCUCAUUAGAUUCAAACUGGAAAUAGAUCUAUGAAAACUGUAAUAUUUUUCUGAGAGCAAGCCGUGGGGCUCUCGGGUACCCUGGUGCACAUUUUUGCGAACCACUGGCUACACAGACACAUUUUUCAACAAGGAUAAAAAUGACAUAAAAAUUUAUAAAUAACAAUAAAUGGGAGGGGUGGGCGAGAAGCUCAUUUUUAUGUAUGCAGAGAGAGGAUUUUAUAAAAAAAAUUACGGGUGCAACGUGGGGGGGGGGGGUUCCCCCCUUCUUUGUAGUGUAAACAAUAUAUGGAUAGAGAGUUUAAUAGCUCACCAAGACAGUUUAAUAGUUUACAAUAAUGUUUAAUCGUUUGCUUAUAGAGUUUAAUUGUUUCCCUUGAGAGAAAAGUUUACUUUGUUGUGUGUACUGUGGUUGAUUUAGAAAAAAAAUUAUGACAGCUAUGGAAGAUAAGGUGGCGGUGAUACAGAUGUUAGGCUGCUCUAGAUGUUAGUCUUUUCUACAUAUUGUGGUUUCCUAGAUGUCGAGGGUUGCCUCAUCAAAAUGCCACUCUCUCCAAUACUUGUAACUUCAUGUUUAAACUGUUAGGAUGAUGCUGUGGGGAGUUUGAUCCACCCUCUUUAAUUUAUAUCCGCCAUUUACCAUACUUGAAUGUUGUGCCAUAGCUAGCAUGAGGAUAGUGGGGUGUUUCAAUGUCUCAAUAUUCCUCUGCGGGCCAUGUUUUCAUCCCUUGUUUUGUUGUGUCCACAGUCUUUACUCCAAGGUGCUGCUGUUGAUCUGCUGGGAGAAUACUGCCAGGGCCCAGGCAACACAGACUCAAUGCUAUUUGGCCUAUAAUGGCAAGUUAAUAACCAUCCAGAUAACAUCAUCACACUUGACGUAAAAAUCAUAAGUUGAUAAUAACUUAGUGCUGUCCUUUUAAAAUUGAUUACCGUUAAUUAUGUUCCAGCAAGUCAUAUUUACAUAAAAGACAGAUAGAGGCCUUUAAAAAAAAAUUUUUUUAAACCACCCACAUUUGCAUCAUCAUCCGGCAUCACCCCCUAAAGUCUCAAUGCCUUACCAAGCCAUCACUUGGUCUCUCAUUCAUAUGAAAUGUCUUCACAGUCAUUAACCUACUGCUCGGCGGAGAGCUUACAAACAAGGGUGAUAGAGACAAUGAGAAGUGAUUGCUUCAUCAAGAGGAUUGAGGACCCUGUCAUGAUCAUUAGGCAGAAAGCUUUGGCUGUUCUUAGAAAUCUCUUGACCUCGGUGAGUGGAGCAUUUAAGUUUUAAAUUAUUCAGGGCACACAGUCUAUAUAAAGGAUGAUAAGUGGACAAGACGGGGGGGGAACUCUGCGGAAGAAAAUGAUGAUGAAAAAAUUGAGAUUUUCAAAUAAAACAUGGCGGUGCUUUAUUAUUAAAUUAAAUUUCUGUCUGCCCUCUUUCUCAAAUUUGUUUUUUUUCACUUACCAGGAAUUCUGCCAGCAUUUAGUGAUUUGCUUGACUUUUAUUUUACAUGGGGAACUCUUAGAUAAUAUCUUAAUGACUAAGAUGAGCAGUAAGAAAUCUAAGCACAUUGAGAGUGACUAUGGCAAUGCAUAAAAAAAUUGAAUAGUCCCAUCAAAUGAUUCACACACAGUUUCAUUAAAACUUUAAUUAAUGAACACACUUUUUGUUUUUAAAAAAUGUGUAUACAUAGUUAUCCAAUAUAAAGUUCCUAUUAUAAUGUUGUCAGUGAUGAUGUCCAAUAUUUUGUAGGUCCAUGAUGGUGAGGACAGAGACUCUGUGGCCACAAGGUCUCGAGGAGAACGUCGUCCAGGAGAUAAAACAGUAAGCCAGAGUUGAUAUGAAAUAAAUACAUUUUUUAUUGUUGUUUUUUUUAUUCACUUUCAAUAUUUCUGUCCCUUUGGGGUAUGUCCUAUUUCGUUUUUAACUUGAAUCUAGUAUGUUGAGGAGGGCUCAUUAAAGCAGACCCAAUAAUAAAAAUGUAAAAAAAAAUGAAUACUUUUAAUCUGAAUAAUUUCUUUCAAUUCACGGUUUCAUUAUCCAAUCCAUAUUUAUUUAGCCAAACCAUGACUACCAGAAAUGACAUGAAAGAAGAUGUGAUAUGCACCAACCCAUUGAGCUCUUUUCUCUCAGAAAAUAAACAGUGGCUGAACCCCUCUGAAAAAAAUAACUUCAUAAUGAAUAUUAGGAGCAAAACUUUGGUUUCUUGUGAUUAAAUAUAAAGCAACUGAAUGUACAAAAGCACAGAAGUAGUAGUAUUAAAAAUGUAUUUGUUCAUUUAUUUUCAUCAUCAUUCGGAUUCAGUAGCCAUUUGGGCAUGUCCCCUUCGGCCAUGGUGAAGAAUGUACACACUCUCCACAGCCGUUGUCUGUUUGUACAUAGGGUGUUGGCGUGGUCCAUUUCAAUUGAGAUAUAUAUUACUAUUGAAUGAGCAAUAAAUCACAUGUGACUUCUUUACAAUUGACUCAAAUAUAUAAAAAAAAAAUAUAAAUAUUAUUAAAAAAUAUUCACUUUGUAUAAAAUAAUUAUACACACUGCCCGAUAUUUUCCUUUUUUUUUUGUUUUUUUUUUGUAGGAUCAUUGAUAGUCUAGAUUUGUAAACUCAAAGUAUAUUUAUAUUUUUAAAUUAUAUUUCCAUAUUUUCUUGUGAUUUCAUUUUGAGUGAGAGAUUGGUGAACUCAUUGUUGAAUAUAUUGUCAUUCUCUUUUGUAAGAUCAUUGAUAGAAUGGUGAAGGCUCCAGGCAGUGAAGUCAUUGAUGCUGUGUUCAGGACAGUGAGGAACCCAAGUCUCCCAGUAUAUGUGGAGAGCAGGUGAGUUUUUAAUGGUGCUGAGUUGGGGGAGAGGGGGGAGGGCGUUCAUUCUCUUUGAUAACCUACCAAAAUUACUUAGAUAUUUUUUAUUUUUGUGAGAAGAGUAUGAGAGUUUGUUUACUGUUUUGUCUCACUCCAAACCUUACUAUGAAACCAUGCACCGCAACCUUUGUUCCCUUGCGGCACACCGAGACCAUUUCCACACCACAUUCAAAACAUGAGGAAAAAAAAUUGAUUUUCUGUUGUAUACAACUUACAAUAAUUUUGAAUAUGCUUUCAUUUUUAUAGAUGUGAAAUAAACAUAGAGUUAUCAAGUCCUCUUUUUUUUCAAUUAAAGUAAUAGGAGCCAGAAUGAUCAAUUCAUUGAUCGUGGGCCCUUAAAAUAAAGAAGAAGAAGAUGUCCUUCAUCAACCUUAAAAUGCCCUAAUUUUUUUAAAUGUUUGUUCAUUGUAAAAAAUAUAAGUAUUGUUUCAACUUUCACAGAUACACUAGUUCAGUGCUGUCCAACCUUUUUGACUCUGGGGGCCAAUUUUUGUAUGUGAAUCUGAGGGUCGCAUAUAAAAUUAUUAUUUUUUCUCGUCUGACAUUCUUGCAACGUGGCCCAUCCAGCAAAGCUGGGACUCCAUUAAUAAAGUGUGUGUGCAGGAGAGACCUACUUGCGCGAGUACCUCAGUGUCUGGGCUCUUGUCCUACCAUUUGAUUUUGAGGAUUUUCACAGGCUCAUUGUGUAGAAAGUGGUUUAAUUUCUUUCACAUGCCGAUUUUCAGACGCUCAUCAUGUGAAGUGGUUUAGUUUCCUUCCAUGGCUUUGAUAGACUGUCCAUGUUUCACAUGCAUAUAGUAGUAGCAGUGGGAGAAUGGCAGCCUUGUAAACCUUUAUUUUGGUUUGGGUGGUGAUGCCUCUUCUUUGUCCAUACAUUCUUAGGCAUCUUUAUGAAUGUUGCCCAGGCACUUGCAGUUUGAAGGGUUAAGCUUUUGGACAGUGUGCUGCCAAGGUAAGAGAAGCUGUUUACAACUUUAAGCCUUUCGCCAUUGACUUGGAUGUUGGGCUCAAUGUAAGGUUUUCAUGGAGCUGGUUGAUACAGGACCUCAAGUUUUCUUUGAGUUAAUGGUAAAACCAAAGUUUGUAACACUGCGUUGCAUCUUAGCCUCUAAUUCAGCACAAAUGUCGCAGUCAUCGGCAUACAGAAAGUCCCUGAUAAGGUCUGUCUGGACCUUUGAUUUAGCGUUUGGUCUCCUGAGGUUAAAUACUUUACCAUCAGUUCUGUAUCUGAUGCUGAAUCCAAUUUCUCCCUUGCAGAUAGCUUCAGACAGUUUGGCAGAAAACAUGCUGAAAAGUGUUGGUGCCAGGAAGCAACCUUGUUUAACAACAUUAGACACAGGGAAUGGUGACAUCUUUCUGUUUGAGAGAUCUCAUCUUGUUAGCUCUUGUCUUAUUAUUAUCAUAAAGCCUAGCUCACAUAUCUAGUUCAUCUUUUACAGUCCAGUUGGUGUGCAUGGACUUUUUUUAUGGUGACCAACUAGCUACACAUCAAGUUACCAUACUUGAAGUUUCCAAAUUCAUCUUUCCGUUAAUAACACUGUUAGUACUUAUACCCUUCCACCAAGAACCCCCACACCCCUUUUUUUUUUUUAAAAAGCCGGUCAAAGCAGCAGAAAGGAAACCCCCUUUUCAGACCUUUCCAAAAUGAUAUGUUCUAAUUUAUUAUUUUUGCAUCUGGCAACCUGAAAUUAACAUGCCCCUGUAGAUAUUUUAUUACAAGUAAUAGUUUUCAAUAUUUAAGUUUAACUGUGAGUAAACAUAGAACAGAAUGUAAAGAAACUAUUUUUUUAUAAAAUGGCCUUUCACUAUCUUGAUAUUUUUUUCACACACCUGCUUGUAUCCAGUUGAGAUUGAUAAUUUUAUAAUUAUUUUUAAAAAAUCUUUAUUUAUACAGAGUUAACACAAAUUCUUACACAACUUAAAAGCCUUUUUGUACAAAUGAAAUCAGCGACCACAAACUUAACUUACUAAUGACAUUUGUAUGUAAAUUUACCAUAUUUAUUUCAAUGUUAAAAGCAAAGUAAAAAAAUAAAACAAUAGUAAUAUUUAAACAAAAGUCAUGUCCCAUGAUCAGCAGGAGUUUGACUAUGUCAAAUCAGAUAAAAGAUCUUCGGUACCAUCAACCUGGAUAGGAUGGGGCUCAUUUUGUUUUUAUUUUUUUUUACCCAGAAAGCGUUAAGAACUUUUAAAUAACCAGCUAUUGAAAUCUGGCCAAAAAAUUAAACAGCACAUGUGUCAAAGGCUAAAGCGACAAAGACAUAUUUUACUGGUUGCUUCGGACACUUUGAGAUGGUGUGUGCUGGUUGACUUCCACUGUUUAAAUAGAAAAUUCAUGCCCUUGGAGGAAUUUUGCCAGGGCGCAAUUAGCAAAGUCCCGCUGCGCACCAGUUUGCGGAACUCUAUUGAAGACUACCUCUCUUUCAACUCAAUGAAACCUGGACGUGUUUUUUAACCACUUGUAUCCAAUUAAUGUUGUUCUCAUCUCUUGUGUAGGCAUUGUGUGUCCUGAGUAACAUGGCUGAUGGCCCAUCAUGUAAAGCUCACAUCAUUGGCAAGACAGAAGAUCUGCAGUAUGUCAUCAAAUACCUGGUAAGAAUUGUUGCAUCACAUAAAUUAACACAACAGAGACUUGAGUCUUUCUAUGGCCACGCAGAUUGGCAGCAAAAGGUUGAUGUGAAAGUAAAGCACAAUUCAUCUUACAUACCUUUUGGAUAGUCAGUAGUGCUCCUCAUAUCAUCAGAUAACUAGUGCAGAUCAUGUUGAACGUUUAUUCACAAUUUAAUGCAAAUAUGACUUUUAGCUCUGCAGCAUCUAAUUAUUCCAAUGUUUGAUAUCAACUCGAGUUUACAUUAUUUUAUUAAAAUAAUCACCAAUUAUUUUGUGAUUUCAUUUGCAAUUCUCUAUUUGGAAUUACUUAAUUGAGAAAGGUUGUUUUUAUUAAACAUCAUACAGUAUGUGCCAAAAUUAAGAGAACCAUACUGAAAUUCCAUCAUCUUGAACAUGUACACUCAUUGGCCAACGGAGCAUAGAUAUAGUCUCCAUGUGUUCCCAGAACUGAAAAGGAAGGUAAGUUGGGCAGUAGUUGUUGGAAAUUGGUCUCUCAAAUGAGGAAAAAAUAUUCAUAGUUGAGUUAUGAUCUUUGCUCAUACAUUAGUGAUUAACGAGAUGGGAAACCGUGAGCUUGUUUGAAGAAAUAUGGCAGAAAUUUUCUCAGAGAGAUACAAUAAGGCGAAACCAAGUAAAACAAUAGUGCUUUUAUUGUUACAAAAUUGUGCAGUUCUGGUAGUAUACUGUAUAAAUGGAAGGGGGUGUCUGGUCGACCAGUAGGUGUUUUGAUAAAUGAGAAUCGAUCAAGGCGCUGCAUUUUUCCCCACGACAAACAUCAGCGAUACACCCAAUAAAAAAAAUUUGUUUAGACCUAAAUGCAUUUUCAUAUUGGAUCCAUGUUGGACAAUGCUUGGCAGAGCGAGGUUUGCAAGCCAGGACGAUGUAUUGUGUAAAAUGUGUGCCUAGGGUGUGUCAGGUUUCAUAUUUAUAUGGGAAUAUUUUGUUUUCCAAAGAAAUUCACAUAUGCUUACUGGUCUAUCAGACUUUCCCUUCUGUUGACAGAGCCGUUGACAGUGUAAAUUUCCAGAAAAGUGUUUCUUUAAAUCUCUCUCAGGGAAUUGUUCUUACACUUUUUUGAAACAACGUUCACAUCUUUAUGCAUGGGGAAGGUAAUACUCAACUAAUAAUAGCAAGAGACCCCUUUCUGACAACAAAUGCCCAACAUGUCUUCCAUUUCACUUCUAGGAGCACGCUGCAGCUUUAGCUAUGCACCAUGGACAGACAGCAUGUAUGCGUUCGAUGCGCAAGAGUUUCAGUACUGUUACUCUUACUUCUGGCACUUGCUGUGUAACUGCAUUUUAUUUUAGGAUUCUGAUGUCUACCCUGACCAACAGCGUGGCAUCACUCUUAAGCUUCCUGUUGUCCAGUUCAUCACAAAUUUAGCAGAGUCGUCAGAAGAUGGUAAUACAUUUGAAUGUCUUGCUUUGUUUCAGUGGACCGUUGAACAAAUCGAACUGAAAUAGUGUUUUUUUCCUAAAAAUAACUAUAAUAUAUGUUCUUAAAAUUUACUUUGAUGACGUGAGGGGUAAGCAGUAAAUGAAGGCAUGGAAAUUUAGUUUAAAAAUUAUGUUCAUACAAAUGAUAAUACAAAUACAUUUUGGGUAUUUAUUGAAAUUUUGCUAGAUAAUUCAUAUAUCAGUAUAUUUAUGUUAUCUGCAUUCAAAUAAUUCAAUAUGUGACAGAUGUAUUGGGGCAAAAAUUUUACUUGACAGGUCAAUAAAUUUCUGUCCUGUGCUGUUCUUUUUUUUUUGUGUGCAAAUAUUGAUAAGGGUUUAUAUUGUCACCUAUAUUUGGGCAAAGAGCUGGUCAUUAGCCCUGAUUAGAGUCUGCAUGUUUUCCUCAUGCAGGUGCCUACCAGCGCAUGUUAGUCCUGAAGAAUCUUGGCGUCCAGCGAAUCUUGGAAGACUUAUUGGCCAAAUGUGAAAAAUCAGAUGCAAGGUUUGUACGAUUCAUUCAAAUUAUUGAAACGUUGGCAGUUUCCCUAUUGUUAUCCUGCAACAUGUAUGAUAUUGCCAAUAACCCUAGGCUUCUACUGUGGCUAAGUAGCGGAGUGUUCUGAACUUGAUGCUAUUUGAUAGUAUCACCUUCAACAACUUUUUAAAUUGAUAGUUUAAAUAAAACUCCUGCUCCACCGUUGUGCUAUUUCCAAAUGGUAUAAUAAAGGUGCAGUGACCCUGUUACGUUUUAAUUUUUAAUGAAUAUAAUGAGUACGAAAAACUAAAGCAAACAAAUUUUGAUGUGAAACAAAAAAAGUUGAAAUAUUGUAUGAAAAAAUAACUGACAUACCAGACAAUUUAAUUAAAUUCACCAGGAAUAAAAUUCAUUUACAGCUAUAUCUCUCUGCAGACAUUUCAUAAAAAAUUAACAUUUUCAGAAAAUCAACUUCUUAAACAAGUCCUUUUAAAAUAAUAAAAUAAAAUUAAUAGACAUGACUCCCUUUUCACUUUAGCAUGUGUUUUGUUGACUAGAAAAAGCACAGGUAAACGUGGCAGUGACAAGUCAUUUUUUGUAAAAAUCACUUUUUGGAAAACUUUUUUUUUUUUUAAAAAAGAAAGCAAAUUCUGUAUUGUCAUUAUUGUGUAUGCAUAUGGUAUGAAAAUGUACUCAUUUGAUAAUUCUGUAUAUUCCUCAGCAUCAACAGCCCUCUACUGCACAGCAUCAACAAUGCUCUUAAACAGUUCUCCUGA